AUGUGCGCUGUAUUGAUUGUUCUAGCCGGGCUUAUUGCUUUGAUCACUGCCCAUCCAGCAGAGCAUACACUCCUGCCACGCAAGAGCGACUUUGGCUGUGGCUCUGAACCAACAAAAGAAUUUAUUGCAACAGCCCAGGCGAUGGCUGCUCAGGAGGAAAAUGGUGAGCUCUUUAUGACCACAGCAACUCUGGAGAUUGCAACCUAUUUCCAUUUGGUAACCGCCAAGGCCAAUGAAGUCUCAGAUACGCAACUUCAGCAGCAAAUCGUAGUCAUGAACGAAAACUAUGCCCCGUAUGGCAUUUCCUUCAACGUAAUUGGGAUUGACAAGACUAUCAACUCCAGGUGGGCAUACGACCAAGCUGAAUUAGAGAUGAAGGGGGCGCUUAGGAAGGGCAACUACAAGACUCUGAACGUCUACUUUCAGACAUCUCUAGGAGGUAACCUCGGCUACUGUUAUUUCCCCACAUCGGGUGCAACCCCAGGUUCUACCAUCCUCAUUCGUGACGGGUGUGCGAUCCUCGCCCAGUCAGUUCCUGGCGGCUCGUCCACCAAUUUCAACCUGGGCAAAACGGUAACCCAUGAGGUCGGCCACUGGUUUGGUCUCUUCCACACUUUCCAGGGCGGUUGCGAUGGCGGUGAUUCGGUGGCGGAUACUCCAGCACAAGCCUCUCCAUCGUCAGGUUGUCCGAUUGGCCGUGACUCCUGCUCUGCUACAGGUCUCGAUCCAGUCCAUAACUAUAUGGACUAUUCUGACGAUUCUUGCUACGAAGAGUUCACCGAAGGCCAGAAGACACGCAUGUAUAACAUGUUUCACAAGUACCGUGCCCAAGCCGGAGAUGAAAGCAGUAUCGUGGUUAUCUAGAAGUCCGAACUGUAUUUAGCGCUGGCCGUGAUGGUUGCGACUGUUUGAUAGCGUUCGAUAAUAAGAUGUUGUGCCUGGCAUUUUCCUUUUGGCCUAUGUGCACCGUGAAACUGUCCUUUCUACUCUAGCGAGCUUGCGAAAGUUCGGUCACACGACAACAUCAAUACGUGUGACAAGGACGUGAAUAUAAUAUUGUCAUGUGCGACAUGUAUGCAAAUCCUGGCAGCCUAGCCACAAACAGAAUAGAGAUCUCACUCAUAGACUAUUUGCUCAUAAGUCAGAUGUAAGUAGUGGUAAUGAUAAGAAAGGAUAGUUUCUAGUGCUAAGAGGAACCAGAUUUUUCGUUAGCCACAGAGCGAACGAAGGCUUACACACAGUUUCUAGCAGUGCUGAUAGCUUCGAAAGUGACUCUUUGUGAUCUUGCAUACAGGCAUGAGGCGUCGAGAACACAGUCGCCGUGCUCUCUCGAGAGAUAGCAUGGUGACAAACUCGG